AUGAAGCAUUAUCCAUCAAAUGUCGACAUGAUUUUAAGUAUUUCUUUUGUUGACAAGGACGCCGCAUACCAGUCUUUUAUUGAGCUUAGUUCUUAUGAGGACUUCAUGGUGAUGCUAAACAUGUAUGACAAGGAGAAAGAAGUAACCAUAUACUUGACGUCAAAUACUAAUGAUACAAAUAACUCAAAACAGAGUGGUCAAAGUGAAGUCAUCAACGAUCAACACGUUGAGGAUGAACCACAUGGUGAGAAUGAUUCUGACUAUUGCCCAAGUGAAGAAGGUUAUCAUAGUCAUUUAAGUAGUGAUAAUGAAAAUGAAAAGGAACCAGAAGGUUACACAAAUAUCAAGAAAAAUCCCAUCAUGAAAAUGAAUUCAAAAUUUCCAAAUGUUGUUGAAUUUAGAAGAGCUUUAAACCAUCAUGCUCUUUUAAAUGAAUUUGAGUACUUUAUCGAGAAAAGUGAACCGAGGCGAUUCACAGCAACAUGUGUAAAGUUAGAGUGUCAAUGGAGGAUUCAUGCUUCUGUCAUGCAAGAUGAUAUUACCUUUGAAGUUAAAACUUUAGUAGAAGUACACACGUGCAUUCGUAUCAAUAAGGGGGGUAAUAAGUGUGCCACUCAAGGAUGGAUUGCGGAAGUAGUUAAAGACAAAUUAAAAUCUGAUGGUGAUGUAUCCCAUGCAGAUCUUAAGAAGUGGCUUAUGAAAACUUAUGGUGUUGAUGUUCCAUACCUUAAAGUUUAUAGAGGGAAAGAGCAAGCUUACACUGAUAUGUAUGGAAAGUGGGAUGAUUCUUUCAUGCAGAUGGAUGUUUUCAAAGAGGAACUACGAAAUAGGAAUCCAGGAAGUGUUGUUGAAAUAGAAUUGCAAAUGGAUGGUGAUAAAAAAUGGUUCCUUCAUUUUUUUAUUUCAUUAGCAGCUUGUCCUAAGGGAUUUCUUUCUGGUUGUCGUCCCUAUAUUAGUCUUGAUGCGUGUCACCUAAAAGGAAAGUUUAAUGGAGUAUUGGUCGCUGCUACUGGUAUUGAUGGUAACAAUUCUAUAUUUCCAGUAGCAUAUAGCGUGCUUGAAUCAGAGAAUACAAACUCAUGGACAUGGUUUCUUGAGUCACUGAAAAAAGCAAUUGGGACACCAGAUGGUCUUGUUAUCUUUUCGGAUAUGUAA